UGACCUGAACUCCAUGAGGGAGGGGCCCAAGAGGCCCCCCAGGCCCAGACAGGGCACAUGGUGUGAGAAAGGCAGUGGGGACAGGGCCCAGAGAGAUGAGGGCAGGAGCAGGGAGGGGACAGUCAGGAUGGUGAGGAGAAGCCUGAGACAGAAGCUGCAAACAUGGACUGGGCUGAGCGGCCGGGAGGAGGGGCUCCGGAUAAAGCGGAGCUGUCCUUCCUGUGGCCCAGAGCAUGGGAGUGAAAUGAAGCAGGAGAGAGGGAACUCUAUUUCUUUUCAGUUGUUCCCUGCAGAGCUGGUGGAGCAUAUCAUCUCCUUCCUCCCCGUAAGAGACGCGGUCACCCUGGGCCAGACCUGCCGCUACUUCCACGAAGUGUGCGACACCGAGGGCGUGUGGAGGCGCAUCUGCCGCAGGCUCAGUCCUCAUCUCCGGGAGCAGGGUUCUGGAAUCCGGCCCUGGAAGAGAGCGGCUAUUCUGAACUACACGAAGGGCCUGUAUUUUCAGGCAUUUGGAGGCCGCCGCCGAUGUCUCAGCAAGAGUGUGGCCCCCCUGCUAGCUCAUGGCUACCGCCGCUUCUUGCCCACCAAGGACCACAUCUUCAUCCUCGACUACCUGGGAACCCUCUUCUUCCUCAAAAAUGCCCUGGUCUCCUCCACCCUCGGCCAGAUCCAGUGGAAGCGGGCAUGCCGCUAUGUCGUGCUGUGUCGUGGAGCCAAAGAUUUCGCCUCUGACCCAAGAUGUGACACGGUUUAUCGUAAAUACCUCUACGUCUUGGCCACUCGGGAGCAGUCCGGAGUGGCAGGCACCACCGGCAGCCGCGUCUGUGACUGUGUGGAGGUCUACCUGCAGUCCAGCGGGCAGCGGGUCUUCAAGAUGACCUUCCACCACUCCAUGAGCUUCAAACAGAUUUCGUUGCUUGGGCAGGAGACCCAACGGGCUCUGCUGCUCCUCACAGAGGAAGGAAAGAUCUACUCUUUGGUAGUGAAUGAGACGCAGCUGGACCAGCCACGCUCCUACACGGUUCAGCUGGCCCUCAGGAAGGUGUCCUGCUGCCUGCCUCACCUGCGCGUGACCUGCAUGGCUUCCAACCAGAGCAGUGCCCUCUACAUCACAGACCAGGGGGGAGUGUAUUUUGAGGUGCAUACCCCAGGGGUGUAUCGUGACCUCUUUGGGACCCUUCAAGCCUUUGACCCCCUGGACCAGCAGAUGCCGCUUGCGCUUUCCCUGCCUGCCAAGGUCCUAUUCUGUGCUCUUGGCUACAAUCACUUCGGUCUGGUGGAUGAAUUUGGCCGAAUCUUCAUGCAGGGGAAUAACAGAUAUGGGCAGCUAGGAACAGGGGACAAAAUGGACCGAGGGGAACCCACACUGGUACCUUAUCUGCAACGCCCCAUUGCCCUGUGGUGUGGCCUCAACCAUUCCCUGGUGCUAAGCCAGGACUCCGACUUCAGCAAGGAGCUGCUGGGCUGUGGCUGUGGGGCAGGCGGCCGCCUCCCUGGCUGGCCUAAGGGGAGCGCCUCCUUCGUCAAGCUCCACGUCAAGGUGCCUCUAUGUGCCUGCUCCCUCUGCUCUACUAGAGAGUGCCUCUACAUGCUGUCCAGCCAUGACAUCGAGCACUGCUACGUCUACCGGGAUCUGCCAGCCACCUGGGCAGUGCAGAAUCUGGAGCCCAGCCUGGCAGCUGGAGCCUCCCAGGACCCUGGGCGGGCAGCCCAGGCCUGCGAGGAGUAUCUCAGCCAGAUCCACAGUUGCCGCACGUUGCAGGACCGCAUGGAGAAGAUGAAGGAGAUUGUGGGCAGGAUGCCCUUGGUGGCCGCACAGAAGGAUUUCUUCUGGCAGGCGCUGAACAUGCUGCAGAGGGCUGCUGGGGGGAUUGGCCCAGGCCCCUCAGCCCCUGAAAGCUGACCCCUCUCCUGGCCUCACCCCUAGUGGGACAGUGGCCCUAGGUCAGGGGUGGCAGUGAACACUGUGUAUGCACAUGGGGAGGGGCCACGGGGGGACGGGAACAGCCAGACCUGGUAGGAUAAGGUAAAGAAUGAACGCUUUUGUAAAAUAGUUAGGGGGCUGCCCAGAUGGAGCCCCCAACGUGAUAUCAUGGACAAGAGAUUUGAUGGAUAAACAGAAUAAAAGGUUGAAAUAAG